GAGGGCGUGGGCAGCGGCGUUGUUUUCUUGUUACCGGUAGUGUAUCGAUUAUUGCGUGUCAACAUGAUAGUGCUUGUCUUUGUUGAAAUUCCAUCUUAAAAAAGCGACGACGAUCUCUCUUGCGAGUAAUUGCUUUCGAAAAAGAUACACAAGCAAGUGGAAAAAAGCAUCAUACUUACAUCAACAGAUACCCGGCACUGGCCGCGACUACUUUCAUGUUCAUGAUACAGACACAGUAAUAUAUUGGACGCGAGGACUUCCUCAUAGAUUUGACUGGCUGGUUGUACUAUUGAUUAUUACAACGUCUUAUUCUACUUCUACACUUUAACAACCGAGCACUUUUUAGAUCACGAACUACUACAUACUUAGUAUACAUAGUUUGUCAAGGCAGGAAGAUUCAUUAUAUUAGAAAGUGAUCAUGAUGGAGGGUUGUUACCCUAAUGGCGAUGGGGACGAGCGGACUUGUUCUAGCGGUUCAUUGGGUUGUGCACCAGCGUCCUCAUCUACCUCUUCCAGAAUGUUGGAUCAGAGGAGGUCAAACAACGUUGUUUUAACACGUAGAAGAGGGGGAGAGGAAUCCAUAGUAGAACCAGCUGCAGUUGCCACAGGAGGCCAUGAUGUUAAGGCUCUGGUUUCGUAGUACAGCGUCGAUAUUAUUUACUGAGUGCUUGUUCUUCGAGAUCGUCAUCGAGAUAUUUUUGUAUUUAUUUAUUAAAAUACUUCUUGAUGGAAGUCCUCACUACAAUUUCACGUGGUCAUAGAAAUACUGAUCUUAGAAAGUCCUACUAGGUUCAUCUUGUUAUUGAAAAUACUUCUCUGAAUUUUUUUCGUCUCACUGGCUCUAAAACUAACUCGAAAGAGCAGAUGAAGAACAACGGCACUACAGCAGGAAGAGCAGGAGGAGAGGAACGAAAUGAGGACAUUAAAAGGGCAGGUUCAAUACCAACCUCCAGCGGCAAAAGAAGACACAUGUUGACCGCAGCGUUUCUCUUUUUCUUAUGAUUGGCAAUCACCAUAAAGAUCAUGAUCAUCAUAAGCUAAAAAUAUCUCCAAAUGAUUUUUAAGUAAACAACAUUAAGUAAAAACUAGGUGAGAUUUUUUUUGAAAAUUCUAAUUUGCUCGACAGCGCUCUUUGCUCACGCGCAGACGAUGGUGCAGGACUUGUCACUCAAAUUCCCGAUCACACACCACGGACUGGAUGCUAAUUUUAUGGCCUCACUACUACUAACUAGAAUGAUUGGGGUUUCUUGUUAAACUAACUACGUGACACAAAACGGGUACUUGAGUACUACUGAUACUGAUACUUACGUGACACAAAACGGGUACUAGAGUACUACUGAUAGAUACUACCACGAUUGCUACUUCUGCCCCACCACGACUACAAUUGGCAGCCUACUGGCAGUAAUGGCGAAAGAACUACAGAAACAAUGUUGAUCGACACUUCUAAACCAGUUCUAUUUUUAUAGAAGACAAUAGGAAACCUUCAAAAGACAAAAAUCGAUGAAGAUGUAGUAGAUGUUGACCAAACUAGUAGGUAGAAGUAAUGGACAAAAAUUGCAUCAAUGUUACUGUAUUAAACCACGAGGACUGCAUCCUAUUGCCCACGACGUGGAAUGCAGGAGAUUCAUCAAGUAUUUUUUUUGUGAAAUGACUAUGAGUACUCUCUAAUGGUAGGCAGUUAGCAGGCACAACUAACCCAGCAGCAGACGACAAGAGUAUCUUCUUAGGCGUGGGAGUGCCUGGACGUGUCGGUUACCUUUGGAGCAAGACACCCUCACCAACAUCUGAUUAUGGCUCAUGUGAGUUUCUUUGUUUUGCUUUUGAUAGAUAUGUCCAGUGGAAUUAGUGCUGGUUGUACUUAUACUGACAGGUUAAUUGUUUUGCUUUGAUGUGUCAAUGGAAGUAGCAUUGUGUUGUAGUUGUGGUACCAUGAAACUCAUAAGUAGGACAACAUAAGCAUCGUGGUUGUUCCAUGAGUGGAACAAGUGCAAGAAGUGCAAGUGGUAUAAUGACGUGACUGAGACAUGAUUUUCUUGGUGUGUUACCCCGCUUCAAUAAAAGACAAGAACACCUUCUAACUCUCCGUGGAAAUCGCAUUCAAAUUCUCGGUCAAUGCUGGCCAGAACGUGGCGCAUAAACAGGGAUGGGGAUUUUGGUACUGCUAAAUUAUAUAUAUGUGAAGAAAAUUACUUUUAGACUUGGAGUUCUUGCAAAACGAGCUUGCUAAUGCAGUAUGUUGAACUUAAGAAGUGUAGGAGUAGGUCUAGGUAACUACACGUCUCUACUGGAUUUUCUUGAAAAAUGUAGAAGAAGCAGGAGACGAUAACACGACUCUACUGUUGACCUUCUUACACUAGAUUUUCUUACAGUGUAAUACAAUAGAUUUGCUUGUUCUAGGAUCAAGACUUCUCCGACUCUACUACUCUGUCAACCCGGAUCAUAAUAAACAACCUUCACCUUACUGUCAUCUGUGUCCUAGAGUAAAGAGUUUCCUGUAUUGAACCCGACUUUCUAGGUUUGUGAGCGACCAGGAUAGCUUGGAUCCUAGCGUUAUGAGCAUCCUCUCCGAUGCCGUCUACAUGCGAACGAAUACCUUGGGCAUGUCUUUGAAUAAGGUACUUGUUCUACUUUUUGUAUUCACGACUGUCCUUUUGAUCCUUCUCAGCACAUUGCACCACGUCGAGGCUCGUCUGAUCAAAGUGUACUUUCAGCUCUGGUGACCACUCACUCAUAAUUCUCACAUCCCCAUACCACUGAUACCACCAAAUCCGUAGGCCAACCGCGACGUUUUCGCGUACAAGCAGAAAUGGAAUGGUUUGGGAGUGUUGUUUACUCCUCGUACUGUGGACUACGUAAAUAAUCCUGCUGGUGGAGGCCAAAUCCCCAGUGCGAAAUAUUAUGGCAAGAAUAGACCAAACACCGCAAAUCUAUCAUGAACAUAUUCAUAAUUGUUUCUGAAUCGAUCCUCGUGUCAAACUCCUCCUCCUUCUCCCCUUCCCCUUCUCAACUCCUCCUUCUCCCCUUGUUCCCCUUCUCAACUCCUCCUUCUCUCCUUCCCCUUCUCAGCUCCUCCUUCUCCCCUUCCCCUCCUCAACUCCUCCUUCUCCCCUUCCCCUUCUCAACUCCUCCUUCUCCCCUUCCCCUUGUCAACUCCUCCCUCUCCCCUGGCACCGUCUAAGUCCACGAAGAAGCAGUGGUCGCCGCAAUGAAUGACGGCACGAGAUCGCUCUAUUCCAAUGGCGACAUCGCCUCAGCGCUUGGAACGAAAGUCAACUACAGGACUGUGUCGCCAGUUCCAGGUGCAAGCCGCUUAGGCGAUAUGACCGGCGUCAAAGUCAUGCAGCUGCGUAUCAGGGGAACAGCGACGUCGACGAAGUUAUGAAAUAUUACAAAUGAUCUAUCUAUUCGAAAACUCAAAAUAUGCGAGCUACUGCCUGAAAUAAGAGAGUCUUGACUAAGUAAGGUUUACCCGCAUAUUACGUGAUCUAUCACAGGACGAAGUGGAAGAACUGUUCUUACAAAUGAUAUUGGAGAAUGAUGUUCGUCAGAUGUUGUCCGAAUGACGUUCGUCAGAUGUUGUUCUAAUUUCUGUCGAGAUCCAGGACAUGGCCAACCCAGGGUCAUGGACGAAGUUAUUGGAGGAAAACAGGCCCCUGCCAAAGGGCGCGCGAAUCGGAUUCACGUCUUUUAUCGACGAUGAAGCGGUAGAUUACCAAGGCGGACGACGAGAAUUCGAUACGAUUCGAUUGUACACAACUUUUUAUUCUUAGUAGCACCGUUGGAUAGUACUGAAUUGGAUUUCGAUUGUACUUAUGAUUCCUAGUAAUAAAGUUUGAUACUACAUCAACUACUUUAGCAUCUUCAGAAGUGCAUAAACUUUGAUUGGGCGCCGGUUUGUUCUAAUACCUACUGGUCUUACCACGAAUACAACAGGUGGGACCUCGAAGUGAAGAAUUAUGAUAGCUCUGUCCAAAUCGUGAAUAAGCAGAUUCAAGCAGACAAAAAAGGUGAGGAUAUGCAUGGCGAUUUUCUAUACGAACACGGAGCUCAGAAGGAGCACCGAGAAGAGUCAGCAGCCAUUCAUCAGUUGACGAAUAUGGUACUUGAAAACUUGAAAUAAGCGAGUAGAUGAAUUGAGAUGUAUCUAUAAAAUAUGUUCUCAGUUUUGAGACGAGUACACGAAUGUAUCUAUAAUAUGUUCUACUCAGUUUUGAGAUUCAUUUUCUGUUGGCAUUAAAUACAACUUACUAGAGUAGUUGGUGUUGGUUCAGGAUCAUGAUGAAUACUUGAAGAGAUCUACAAUUUAUUUGUUUCCCUUUUUAUUGUCCAGCAUGAAACACACGAACCUCCUGCUCCCCCUCCACCCUCUCACUUUCACAAUCAAGCACACAACUUUCACAAACAAGGUGAUGAAACUGAUCGCAGAGACGGAGCCUGUGCGACGGGAGAUGGAAAAGACAGUGAACAGCCUGUCCGCCAGAGUCAUAAAUCUAGAACGCAUCUUCAACGAACUGAAGGCAGAGAUCAAUCAGAAGACUGGACACGACCUGGAUAAGGAGUUCGAGGAAAUCAAGCACGAAUUGGUGCAGUUGAGUCAGGUAUAUAAUCCGGUAGUUCCACUCCCACCCGCAUCCAUUCAGGAGCCUCACUACAACCUUCUGCUCAUGAAUCUAUCAUCAAUCAAAUCAACAUGUGUUGAUCCAUCUCUGAACAUCUUAUCCACCUCCAAGAAGAAGAUGGAUCAGACGUUCAGAAGCCAACAUCCAGAUAUGUCGUAUCCAGCACCAACAUCUUACCCACCGGUCUGAACUUUAUCCACCUGCGCCAACAUCGACCACCUACCUAUCUAUCAUUGACAUCAGACCCUCCACCAUCAACAUCUUAUCCACCUCCACAAACAUCUUAUCCACCUCCACCAUCCUACCAAAACCCCAAAACCUACCAAAACCCGACAAAGGUCGCGUCCACCGAGACAGAGAAGCGAAAAGAGAAGAUGGCUGCACUACACGAGGAUCUCGAAUCGAUGAAGGAGAACACAAUGGGUGGUGCCCUGGAAAAGCUCACGGAGACAAACAUUAUGAGCAGAUUUUUACAUCAACAUGAACAUACUUACUUAAAUACAACUUCAUUCGAUUUACAUAUCGAAUGUACUUAGUUGUUCAAGAAGAACUUUAGAUCAUGUAGUAGGCCGUAUCAGCCAACCACAGAUUAUCAGGUAGGAACAAGAACAACUACUAGUAGGUAACUUAGAGCCAAAGUACAUCGGUGGGUCUAGAUUUAGAAGUUAUGUGCCUACCUACUUAAGUACCUACUUGCCUACUUACCUACUUACCUACUUACCCACCUACCUACUUGCCUACUUACCUACUUACCUACUUACCUACUUACCCACCUACCUACUUGCCUACUUGCCUACUUACCUACUUACCUACUUACCCACCUACCUACUUGCCUACUUACCCACUUACCUACACCUCUUUCGUUUAGUACGGAGUUCCCUACCUACCUCCUUCUCUCCACUUGUUAGUGCCUUCCCCAGUGGUCCAAUCCUUCAGUCCCCUUAGCCUGUCCCCCUUAGCCCCUUCCCCAAUCUUUCUGUGCAACAAUCUACUUACUUGCCUAGUACCUAUCCCCAGUGGUCCAAUCCUUCUGUCCCUUCUAUCUACACCUAUCCCUCACUUAUCUACACGACCUCCCCCAAUCCUCGUCGACUUCUAACACCUACGCCGUCUUGGAAUCGCUGUCCAGUGGCCAUCGGUGGAGCUUUGUCAUCUCCCUGUGCGCUAUCGGAAUUAUCAUCAUGGCGGGUUUUGCCCUCUACCAACGCUUCCGCAACUGGGAGAAGAAACACAUUCUGUAAACCUUCUAGAGGACUCUAGAGUCUAUUCUUGUACUUACUAGAGUCUAGGAUAGUACUCAUCUAGUUGUAGUAAGAGGACUCUGUAACAAGGUCGUGAUGAGAAGUAGUACUACAUGUGUAGUGAAGCUAAAUGUUAUUCUUUUUCUGGGAGUCGGAGCUGGUGGUGAUGGAGGGAAAAGAGAACAUGUUGAUAGUUUCGUUGAAACGGCGAGGGGCGUGAGAGGAGGAUUUUUUUCUUAUCGUAAGGCGGAAAUUGUUUAUUUCAUGAUGUGGAGUUUUUGUGCAUAUCUAUGUUCAUCUUUUUCAUCAACAUCAUGGUGCUACUUAGGUGCCGUGGUCUUUGACACAGGUAACUAAGAAGAGGACGAUACUAAUACGAUCGAAGAUCAUCACGUCUUCUUCAGCAUACUGAUACAUGAUCAUCUGCUCUACUCGAAAUGAUAGAUUGACAAUCAUUAUGCUCAUAGUAGAUGAUACAACGAACAGCUGACAGUGACAUAAAGAUUUGCUUACAUCUCCUGAACAAGAUGCUGGUGUAAACAUUAUCUCGUGGACCGUGUGCACAAGGACAUCAUGUACAUGUUGUACCCAUUGCUACUUUUAGCUCCUAUCAUCGAGUACACACAGUAGAUAUGAAUGUAAUCGUAAGUAACUCGUCGUCCACUUGUACUCGUCUGUCUGUUCUCUGAAUCCAAAAUCGUAGUUGUCGUAACCAGGUGGCAAAGGCAAGGUGGUCUCUGCUAAAAUUUAGAUAUGAUUGUCGCUAAAAUUGUCAACAAUCAAGUCGUAGAAUCUACUUAGGCAGGAGUCAGAAGUUACUGUCUAUGUGUAUGCUUUUUCAAGAUAAAAAUUUCGAAGAAGAAUGUCAAAUCCAUGGAUCUUCUCACCCCAAGGAGAGCCAACAAACGACCAAGUAAAAAAAGAGCCCAACGGACCGCCCACUCUUCAUCUCAUAGUGAGAAAAAA